GUCACAUCUGAGGCCGUGUUUGAUAACAUUGAAGAUCCAAAACACUGUGGACGGUGGUAUUGAUUCAAUUACUAGCGUGUUCUUUUCAAGAAACCAGCAGAGGACUACAGCAUUUUAAUACCUCUAAAACACCGAAGAUCCCUCUUUCUCUGCAUCCAGUGCUUCUCCAGUGUUUGUGCUGUCAGGGUGAUGUCAGCAGCCUGUCUCGUACGCCUGGCAAGGUGCAGUGGUCCUCAAGUGGGACGUAGUGGUAUUUUACAGAGGGGCCUACUCCCACUACCAUUCCAGCAGGACAGCCAUCUCCACUUCACCCAGAGACAGCUUUACACCCCUUCAGGAAAACGGUACAGCAACACACGCUUUGAUGCAGACGGCAGUGGCACCCCAACUACUUGGGAUUCAUUCGGUAUCUGGGACAAUCGUAUCGAUGAGCCCAUUCUGCUGCCUUCCAGCAUUCGCUAUGGCAAGCCUAUUCCCAAAGUCAGUUUAUCAAAGGUAGGCUGUGCCUCGCUCAUCGGGCAACGCAAGGAGAAUGAAGACCGUUACCAGGUCUCCCAAAUGACUGACAGCAUCCUCUACUUUGCUGUGUUUGAUGGGCACGGCGGGCCAGAAGCGGCGGACUUUUGUGAAAAAUACAUGGAGAAAUAUAUCAAGGACCUUGUGGCAGAGGAGGCCGAUCUGGAAGUAGUUUUAACGAAGGCCUUCCUUGAAAUAGACAAAGCUCUUGCCAGGCACUUCCACUUCUCUCCAAACGUACCCGGGAUGAAUGCAGGCACCACUGCAACUGUGGCCCUGCUGAGGGACGGCAUCGAGCUGGUGGUGGGCAGUGUGGGUGACAGCCGCGCCAUGCUGUGCCGCAAGGGCAAGGCCGUUAAACUCACUGUCGACCACACUCCUGAGAGGAAGGACGAGAAAGAGAGGAUAAAGAAAAGUGGAGGUUUUAUCACCUGGAAUAGUCUGGGACAGUCGAAUGUUAACGGCAGGUUGGCCAUGACGCGCAGCAUCGGAGACUUUGACCUGAAGAACACCGGGGUCAUUGCUGAGCCUGAAACCAAAAGGAUGACGUUGCACCACUCCCACGACGCUUUCCUGGCACUGACUACAGACGGCGUUAACUUCAUCAUGAACAGUCAGGAGAUCUGCAACGUAAUCAACCAAUGCCACGACCCCAAGGAAGCCGCUCAGAGAAUAUCUGACCAGUCCCUGCAGUAUGGCUCAGAGGACAACAGCACAGUCAUCGUGGUGCCUUUCGGAGCCUGGGGGAGGCACAAGAGCUCGGACCCAAGUUUCUCCUUCAGCAGGAGCGUUGUGUCCAGCGGGCGCUGGGCGUAGUCAGCCGGACAAACAGGUUGGGGUCUGUGGACUUGAAUAAUGUGUGCAAUACAAUCCAACAACAGUGCCCUUUUGGAAACAUCAUAAAAAGUGUGGUUUGCCCCAAAAAUGUCUACAUAAGGGUAACUUCAUAUUAUUUAGAGGAGCAUGAUGUUUAUGAGCCUCCGUGACCUAAGAGCUGGUAAAUUCAUGAACUGCACUAAAUGAGAAACGUCCUCUUUAGCAAAUGUUUUAUCUUCUGCAGACCAAUGACCUUAUAGGUGCUGCAAGCUGAGAAGAGUUUGACUGGCAGACAGGAUUCACGAUGACAGCCACCACCUGUAUUUAUUUCGCCUGCUCCCAAUCACCUGAGAUUUUAAGACUGCUGUCCUGUCUGUCUUUUAAAUAUUUUUCACUGUAAUGCCCAAGUUUGCACUUUUUAUUUUCACAGUUAAUUUAACGUGGAUUAUUAGCUAUUUUAACAACAACAAAAAGUGCUUCUGGAUUUCAUCAGCUGUUUCAGAGCCUGCGGUCUUUCCGUUUCUCAGUGUGAAGGUUCACACUACAUGCUGAUGUGAUAAAAUGCAAUAAUGGAACUGCAUUUUAGGGAUGCAUGAUAUGGAUCGUUUAUCAAUAACGGAUAAAUACCUGCUUCCCACGGCCAAUGCAAAUAACACAACCAAUAUUUCCACAUUUGUGGUUUUAUCUAUAAAAAAAAGGUUCAUAAUCUACACACCUGAGGAUAAGAAAGGCUGCGAUGUAGUGAGUAAAACAUUGAUCAUUUAAUAAUCCAAACCUCCGACCUGACCACAUCUAUCAGAUCUGUUGUCUUCCACUGAGUGCCGUCCAAAGCGGCAACAACAUGUUUAUCUCUUUAGUCCCAAUUUCCGUUUCCUCUCGUCAGCGUUCUGCACUUCUCCCCUCUGUUUAUUGGCCGACCUCAAACACACAUUUUAAAGGUGCAAACUGCCACAUUUCCUGUCAUUGGGGGAUCAUUUAUGGACUGAUUUUAUAUCGUACAUCCCUAAUUUAUUUGUCAAUUGAUCUGAAUUAAAUCAGCCCUUUUCUAAGAAUACACAAUCUACUUAAAUGUACAUAGAAACGUCACAACUUCUGAAGCAACUGGACAAAAAGCAUCAUGACCAAAAUGACAGGGUAGGUCUUGAUUGGUCCAUUCUUAAAUGUUCUCUAAUUGCACAAUCGUUCUGAGAGAAAUGAACCCUGAAUGUUCUGUGAUCUAGUUUGUGAAUGGAGUUGCUUAAUGCUAUUUAUAUGAACAGCAUUUCCGUGGCGCAUAUAAGAUAUUCUUGUAAGCUUGUAUAAGUGUUAAUAUUUGUAUUGAUUAAGAAACGGUAUUUUAAGGACACUAAGACGUGUUCAAGGUACAGAAAUGUACAGUUUAUGUUUUGUAAAUAAUUCUAUUUAUGUACAUCUGGAAAACUGGUAGUUCUCAUAACUCGUCAUAUCAGAAUACUUCACAAACGCAGGACCUUUGCUUCAUGCAUGUUUGUGUAAAGCGACAUCAUCUUUUUGGGUUGUAACUUGUUAACAAUCAUUAAUUCCUCAGUUAUGUGUCACUCAGAGAGCGAAAAAGCACACUUAAUGCAACACUAAAGAGAUGUUCAGCUAAGAGCCAUGUUCGACUAUGUGAAUGUUCGCUUGAAUUCAACUGAGAAGUAUCACUGGCACCCUGCUGGGUUCAGGAGUUUUUAAGCUAUAGUUAGGUUGUCCUGGCUGAUGUGAGUGGAUAAAUGUCCAGGGUAAAGCAGAGAUCGACUGUUCUGUUCACUGUUGGUCUUUAGUUCUGUUGUUAAAUGUAUUCAAACACAACACUCAUCAUCGUCUCACCUGUGACAUUUGUUACCUUCAGUUUUUGUCCUCAAACACCAGCUUUAGAUGUUGUGUAAAUAUAUUUUUCUCCUCCUGAAACUGUCUUUAUAAUUCACACGUCCUCCGUACAAACCUCAUCUGUUGUUUUCUGUGUUUGGUUUCACUGCCUUUCAAAUACAAUCGUUGUAUCUGGGACCUAAACGUCACUUUUCCAACAAAGCUCUGUUAGUACUGUUUUUCUGGUCCGAAUGGCUUGUGACACAAACGAUUAAAAACUAAACAUUAACAAA